AUCUUCAUACUAGAUUUAUGUCUAUAUACCAUGUCCUCAUGUCAAUGCAGGUAAACCCUUCUUCGUAUUCUCCAACUCGUGUUUGUAGCCCAGACUACGAUCAUUCUUCUGUCCAGUUUGAUUUGUCUAUGCAGCAGGAAAUUCGUGGAAUCCCGGUCUCGCAUCGCCCUCUUCUGAUUCCAAGAAUUUUCGAAGCUAAAUAUAGACACGUCGAUGCUGAUAAAAUGUACUUUACCGAUGGAUCUCUUAUAGAGGAAACAACAGGAUUUGGAGUGUUCAACGAAAUAUCUAGCGCCUCUCACAGUCUUCAGCCACCAUGCUCUGUAUAUGUAGCGGAGUUAGCAGCUAUUCACUGGGCUUUGGACAGUAUCGCAUCACGGCCAGAUGGACACUACUAUAUUGUAACGGAUAGUCUGAGCUCUGUUGAAGCAAUCCAUUCGAUAAAACCGGGAAAGCACUCGCCGUACUUCCUCGAGAAGAUACGAAAUAAUUUGAGUGCUUUAUCAAAACGUCGCUUUACCAUCACCUUUGUUUGGGUUCCCUCUCAUUGCUCGAUAGUGGGCAAUGAGAAGGCUGACUCUCUGGCAAAGGUGGGAGCGAUGGAAGGCGACACGUAUCAACGUGAAAUCGUCUUCAGCGAAUUUUACUAUUUGGCUCGAAGAAACUCUCUUGUCAACUGGCAGCGCAAAUGGGACGAGGAUGAGCAGGGUCGGUGGUUCCACUCGAUUAUCCCAAAGACGCGGUACUCUAUCGUUUUGAUAUUGCUGGCAGCAAUCUAUGUGGUUGUGGCCAAGGUUACCAUGACAUCGAGCAUAUUGUUUGGUCGUGCGAGGUCCAUCUUGUCGCCAGAACGAAUUUUAUAGACUCCCUUAGGGCCCGAGGAAAACCACCCUAUGUUCCAGUGAGAGAUGUGCUGGCUGUGAUAGACUUGGACUACAUGUUCGAAAUAUAUCUUUUCCUAAAAGCUAUUGAUCUUCGUCUAUAAUUCUUUUUAUUUUCACAUUUCCCUAUCUAUCUUCUAUCUUUUCUUCAAAAAGUGAACUAGAUAUAAGCACACAAUUGUAAUCAAACAAA